AUGAAGGUUGACGGAGCGAUGGCCACUGCUGAUUCAUACAAGCGAGCUGGCAAGGCGAGCAAAGAAGCUGCACGCACGGCAAAAGUGAAGGUCGAGCUUGACGCAACGACAGCUGGUGCUGAUUCCGACAGGCGAUCUGGACGCAAGGCCGCCAAGGACAAGCAUGACAAGGCGAGCAAAGAAGCUGCACGCACGGCAAAAGUGAAGGUCGAGCUUGACGCAACGACAGCUGGUGCUGAUUCCGACAGGCGAUCAGGACGCAAGGCCGCUAGCAACAAGGAUGACAAGGGUGCCUCAGGUUCAUGUCCGCCGGAGGUCUGCUGUGGGGUUUGCGGCACGGCCGUGGAGCGAAAGGGGUCAUGCCAGGAUUGCACGUCCGCGCUGUCUGCACAGCUCGGGCUUCGACAUGCGGUUGGGGACCGUGUGUGGUGCUCCGGCUAUGGUCCUCGCUGGCCGGCGAAAGUGGACAUGAUCAGCUUCGAUGGUGCAGAGGACAGGGAGCCCUAUUGCGUCUCCUUCUAUGGGGAGAACACCAAGGCGUGGGUCAGCGAGGCAAAGCUCAUGUUUUGGGGGAGCAUCAAGCCCUCGCGGCCGGCGAAGCGUUGGCAGCGCCGCUUCGACGUGGCUGUCGCUGCAGCUGAGGGGCCCGGCAAGUGA